AUGGCAGCAGAUCACGGCGAGCUGCUGGCCGAGAUGUCCACCAUUGGGCGCCUAAGUGCCACUGAGCGCCUGAAGCAUGCCCAGAAGCGAAGGGCGCAGCAGCUGAAGGCUUGGGCACAGAUGGAGAAGGACACAGCACGAGGAUCAAAGGCCAAAGCAGAUAAGAAGAAGGGGCGGACCACAAGAGUGAAGUUCCCUAAUGCUGUCACCCUGCUAGAUGCAGCUGCACGCAAUGAUGUGGAAGAGGUGAGGGAGCUGUUAAACAGUGGUAUCAGCCCAGAUCUGGUCAACGAGGAUGGACUGACAGCCCUCCAUCAGUGCUGCAUUGAUGACUUUGUGGAGAUAGUGCAGUGCCUGCUGGAUGCUGGCGCCUGUGUGAAUGCCAGUGACAGUGAACUGUGGACACCACUGCACGCUGCUGCCACCUGUGGACACACCGGAUUAGUGCAGCUCCUGAUUCAGGCUGGGGCUAACCUGAUAGCUGUCAAUGCGGAUGGCAACAUGCCCUAUGACCUCUGUGAGGACGAGGCCACCCUUGAGCUGCUGGAGAUGGUUAUGGCUGAGCAGGGGAUAACUCAGGAUCGUAUAGAUGAAUGCCGAGGGGCUAAAGAGAUAGGCAUGCUGGCUGACAUCCAGGCUCUGGUUCAGAGUGGAGUGGACUUAAACACUCAGGAUAAUAAUGGAGCAACACUGCUCCAUAUAGCAUCUGCUAACGGCUAUGUGUCUGUGGCAGAGCUGCUGCUAGAGCACAGGGCUAAGGUGGAGGUGAAGGAUUGUGAUGGCUGGACGCCACUACACGCUGCCUCCUGCUGGGGACAAAUCCAAAUGGUGGAACUGCUGGUGGCGCAUGGAGCCAGUCUAAAUACAAAGUCUGUCCUGGAGGAGACACCUCUGGAUGUGUGUAUGGAUGACGAGGUCAGAGCCAAACUGAUGGACCUGAAGCACAAACAUGAUGCCAUCAUGAAGAGCCAGGACCGGCAGAAGGGCACACUGCAAAGACGAGCAUCCAGUACUGGAAGCAGAGGUAAAGUGGUGCGUCGCGUCAGUGUGAACGAACGCUCCAGUCUGUACCGGCGGGAGCACCACAAAGAGGCCAUGGUGUGGCAGGAGCGCGGCCGACAGCCAGAACCACAGGACGAUGAUGAGGACAGACAAACGAACAAUGAGCUAAACCAGCAUGACACCACGGCUGCUGGCAGUGCAGCCACGUCUCGUUUAGAGGAAAUAGAGACUGCAGACAGGAAAGUCAUGUCCAGCCUCGGGAAUGGAGGGACCUCUCUGGUCUCCUCUGUGCCUGGAGAGCUGUGGAGCAGUGGGGGUCCACGCAGCGCAUCCUACCAGCUCAGUCCUGCAUCUGGAGCGGGGUUAGCAUCUGGGUCUGCAGAGGGCGAUGGGUCAAACAGUAUGACUCGAGAGAAAUCCCACCAAACGCUGGCUGACCUGAAACGCCAGCGGGCAGCUGCCAAGCUCAACAAGUACCCAGCACCUCAACCACCUUUGCCCUCUCCCGUAGAGGAGGAGCCUCCUGUUUUAGAAGCAGAGGUGGCGGCUCCUCAGGUCCGGCAGGAGUUCCAAGGGACAGUUAGCACAGAGCAGGGAGCCUCCCCCAGCCAGGUGUACUUCACCCCAGCCAGCGGAGAUCCUCCACUACUGAAACUUAUAGCCCCUGAAGAGGAACAGUCAAACAACAAGGACCCUUGCUGUGGACUCAUGUAGAAAGCCGUACACACAUGCACACACACACGCAACCACACACACACACUGCCUAUAGAGUAUAGAAGCGGGGCAUGUUACACUCCAAAGUGGCAAAAACAUUUCAAAACAGACACUUUUUCUUCCCAUUUUAAGGCCUAAUCCCAAUGAGGGUUUGAUCUGCACUGCAUUUCGGAGAUCUUUUUGUUCCCCUUGUUUAUACAUGUAUUACACAACGGUCCCAGCAUUCCCAGUUGCUCCCUCUUAUUUAGAGGCUGCAUGAUCUAAUGAUGGUCAGAUGUCCAUCUAGUGACUGAGAGGAGAACUACAGGUCUGCUGUACCCAGUCUCUACAGUCAUUAGUUUACAUCCAUUACUUCACUACUCAAAUAGACUGAUGUUUCGUUGAAAGGCCUUAGAAUCAUAUAGAAGUUGAAUUAUAUAUUUAAAGCUGAAUGAAAUUAACUUGCAUCUCAAGAUUUAUUUUAAAUUAAGAA